GUAAAUUUAGGUUAAUUAGCGCUGCGUCGCAGCUUUACAGUGUUCAAAUUCGCUUCCCCGUAUUUGCACGUCCCCCUCCCCCCUCUACUGCUGCGAAAAUGAUGAAGCCGACGUCCCCCAACUUCAUGGCGCAGGGUAUCUGGGCCGGUUUCCGCUACUACAUCGGCCACUUCUUCUACCCGAAUAUGUACCGCGAGUUUCUCUCGGUACAGAACGCCCACAAGAUAGAGCGCGCGCUCCGCCUACAGAAGGCCAUUAAGGCGAACAAGGUGGACUACCGCGCCCUCCUUGCCCUCCCCGUCACCGACCACGCCCACCCCUACAAGAUGGAAUACCCGUGGGAGAAGAUUAUGCAGAGCGACCCCCGCGACUUAGGCCUCUACGGUAAGUGGUACGCGAGCAAGAUGAUGUGCUUCUACGAGGGUUUGCAGUUCCACAAGUGGGGCUGCCUGCAGGAUGACCUCAUCAACGCGCACGGCUGGUGGAACCGUGCCGCCCGCACCCGUGCCCCGAAGGACAAGAUCGUGCACGGUGACCGCCGUGUGAUGCGCGCGCGUGUGUUGAAGGACAAGUACAUCUACGAGCCGAAGGACCGCUGGGUGCACCCUGCCGACAACGUGGCCUACUUUGGUCCCUACGUAAUGAUGGUGGCCGACGAGUGGGAGGAGAAGUGGGGCUUCUUUGCCGGCCAGGAGGUGGAGUACUAA